AUCGUUUAGAUACCAACAUAUGAACAAGAUAAUGUUUGUGCGGUGCGUUUAUCAUUGAGUUCUACUUUUCGACUUGUGCCCGUGUAUUAUUAGUUUGUUUUAUAAACUGCACUGCUUGUGUUUUAUUUAUUCAUUAACACAAGAAGAAUGUGUGGUAACUAAAGGGCAUCUGCAUUUUAAAAAUUAAUAAAUAAAAUGGGGGUGAACUUCGACAGAUGGACAUUGCUAAAACUGGUGGAAUUGGUACUUUCAGUAGCAUGUUUAAUCUAUAAACGAAUUACUGACGACGAAGCUUCAAGACUUUUCCUCUACCUUCAGAGACUUUCAAGAGAAUGGAGUCUUCUCAACAACGUAACUUGGGAUCGUGUCGGGGCUGCAGUUGCAGACGCAACGUACGGUGGUUACGUCAUCAUAACUGCUGCAUUAUUUUUCGGUCGUCUCUUUAAAGAACUACCCACCCGAAGAAGAAUCACGGAGUGUUUGUUGCUUGGAGUCGGUGCGAUUUUGUUUAUAAUAAUCGGCAGUUUAGAAUUCGCGGCAUUAGAUCAGGUGCCUCCAGAUUUGGUAGACAAUGCAGCGGUUAUAGGUACCUUGACUCUUUUAGAAGGUCUGUUGUUCCUGUUGGAUUUAGGCGGACCCAGAGCAAAAAAAGAGAAAGACAAAAGAGAAAAAAUUAUUAUCACCACAAGAGAACCUAUAAAUAUUAAAGAACAGGUCUUGGAAAUCGAAAAAGAAGUUGAGAGAAAUGAAGGAAUGUUGGACAUCGAAAAAAAAAAGAAAGAAGAUAUAAAGAAUAAUGGAAGUCAACAUUUGAAAAAGCACGAUGAGAGCCAUCGAAAGGAAGAAGGAUAUAAAAGGAUGUCCGAUGAUGUGCCAAAACGUUUCGGAAUUUACGGUAAAGACGCUGAUUCGGCGGAUUCUGGAACCGAUGAAGUCGACGACAUACCUCCAAGAAUGGAAACUCAUUCGCCCGUUUGGAGUCAAAUCAGAAAGGGACAAUAUGGAAAAGUGGAAAUCGAGCCAACUCCAUCAUAUCUGCAGUAUAGGACGAGGUAUGAACGUCCUCCAAGUGGUCCCGGAGAUCCCGGUUACGUUCAAUAUUUGGCACAACAUUGGGAUUCCAAAUCCAAUCAGAAAACACCCAGACACAGCCCUACUGAAGUUUAAAAACCAUUUAUUCACAUUUUUAAAUAUAUGUAUAUGUUUUAAUAAUAAUAAAAACAAAUUUGAUAACA